GGCCCUACGUUAGAUUUUCCUCACAACCUCGUUUCGCCACACUACAACCUUAAACACUCCUUCCCCCGCUGUCUGUCUUCUGUAAUCCCCUCUUCUUCUCGUGUUCCCGGAGCUCCGGCUCCACUAAAGGAGCCCCGGCUCAAUAAUUGAAAAAGAACAUUAAAGGAAAAAAGAGCGUAAACCAACGAUUUCCCAUUUAUUAUCUCUCUCUUCCUAUUUGUAGCCAGAUCUUGAGCCAGAAAGGAGAUGUCGACAAAACCCUGGGGUAACAUCGGAGCCUGGGCCGCCGAUGUCGAAGCCGAAGAGCUCGAGGUUGCGGCGGCUGCUGCGGCUGCGGCCGAGUCCUUGUCCCAGAAAUUCCCUAGCCUCAAAGAAGCCGCGACAGCCAAGCCCAAGAAGAAGAAGAUGACCUUAUCCGAGUUCAACAUGGCCUCCUACUCCGCGCUGUCCGGUGGCCGCGGCUCAACCCAAAACAACCAAGGGUUGACCCCCGAAGAGAUGGUCCGGCUCCCGACCGGUCCCAAAGUGCGCUCUGCCGAGGAAAUGCAGUACGGUGGGCUCGGAGGCGGGUUCUCUUCGUACGGGCGGUCCGGUUCUUUAUCAGGCCGGGGCAGGGACCGGGACGAAGGAGAUGGUUCCUGGGGCGGUGGCUCCCGUAGGCCCUAUGGUGGAUUUGAUCAGGAACGUAGGGGUCCCCCUCCGUCUAGGGUUUCGGAUUUGGAUCAGCCUUCGAGGGCGGACGAGGUCGACAACUGGGCCUUGACGAAGAAACCUCUGCCGCCUUCACUCGAAUCGGGUCGGAAUAAUCGGUACGGGUCUCUUGGUGGCGGGUCGAGGGCUGAUGACAUUGAUAAUUGGGCGGUUGGGAAAAAGCCUCUUUCUGCUAAAUCUUCCACAUUCGGGUCAGGAUUUCGAGAUUCGGGUCAGGAGCCCGAACGCUGGACUAGAGGAGGCGGAGGGUUUCGUGAGAGCGACCGGGAACGGCCUAGAUUGGUAUUUGAUCCUAGAGGGCAUUUGGGCGUUAAUGAAACGCCGGUGGUCGUGGUGAAUUCGAAUAAGCCGAACCCGUUUGGUGCAGCACGCCCUAGGGAGCAGGUUUUAGCGGAGAAGGGUUUGGAUUGGAAGAAGAUGGAAUCGGAUAUUGAGGCUAAGAAAGCAAGUACACCGACAAGUGCACACUCGAGCAGGCCUUCCAGCGCACAGUCAAGCCACUCUGAGGGUCAAGGGCUGCAGCAGGUUUUUGAGAAUGUGGUCAAGCCGAGGCCUAAGGUGAAUCCUUUUGGUGAUGCCAAGCCUAGGGAGGUUUUGCUUGAGGAGCGAGGUAAAGAUUGGAGGAAGAUUGAUCUUGAAUUGGAGCAUCGCAGCGUCGACAGGCCUGAAACAGAGGAGGAAAAGAAAUUGAAAGAAGAAUUAUAUCAUUUAAAGCAGGAAUUUCAGAGGGAAUCUACCUCGGAAGCAAACAGGGAAUCUCUGCAAGAGUCUAGUGGAGACCAAUCCAGUUUAUGCAAUAUAAUACGUCUCAAAGAAACGGAAUUGGAAGCACUGAUUCAUGAUUUGGAUGUUAAAGUUCGCUUUGGGCAGAAAGCGGUUGAAAGGCCUGGUUCCAGGCCUAGUUCUGGAGCAGGCAGGGUGGCUGGCUUUCCUGAGAGGCCACCUUCUCAAUCUGGGUCAAUUGAGGAAACGAGAAAUCUGGAGUUCAUGGAUAGGCCUCGAUCGCGCGGCACAGGGGAUGUGUGGACAAGGUCUGCUGAUGGCAGAAGAUCCUUUGGAGCUGGAAGGGAUAGAGGAUUUCAUGGUAACCGAGACUUAGACAGGCCGAGGCCAAGGGAGAGGUGGUGAACAGAAGUGUGGAUUCAUUGAAAUAUCUUCUAGUUUUGACAAACGGGAGGGACCAAAAAUAAUAUUUUGUUUUUUUUUUUUUUGUUUCUUGGUUUUCUUCAUCUUGCUCUGGGAAGUGGAGCAGAAAUUGUUGAGUAACUGAUACUGGGAACUCAAUGCGUUAAUCUCUUACAUUUUGAAACUAUGUAAAAUUACACUUUUUUUUUUUGUUUUUUAUUUGUCUGUCUUAUUAGAUUAACGAGCCCACAUUGUUUGUAGAACUCAGUUUUAGUUGAACGGUAUGGGACUCUGGUUUACUUUUGUGACACUCACUCUGAGCUCUAUAUAGUUAAUUGGUUUUAUCUUACUGUGGAU